UAAAAAUCUUCCCACCUUACAUUUUCCAUCUCGGUUUCAUACCGGUGGGUAUGUUUGUUUUGAAAGUUUGCUUAUUGUGAGCUGUUUAUUCCGUUUAUUUGUUUUUCAUUAAAGGUUCUAAAGUUUUAAGCUAAAAGUAAAUCCUUGAUUAAAACGAUUGAAACUGUUAGCAACAAAGUGACGUUAUGGAAGAAUAUACCUUGGAAGAAAUAAAGCAGAUUAUUCGCUCGAUUGCGAUUUCUGGUACUUCUAACUAUUUAUCAACACAAGAGUUAGCUCGUGAUUUCAAAAAAAUGGAAGGAUUUGAGCUGCCAUAUCGAAGGCUGGGAUUUCUGUCCGUUGAUCAAUUCCUACAUACUUUGACAGACACUGUAAAGGUGAAAGGUUAUGGUUCUUCAGCUUUAGUGGAGCCCGUCGUAACACAGAGUAAUCAGCAUAUUCGGACGUUGGUUCAAAAUAGUAAGAAACAGAAAACUCGACCUAAGCAGAGAUAUAACAAUUCAAGCUAUGGGAAUAACAAUAACAGGAUGAAUAAAGGAUACUCGAGUUAUUGUACGAAUCACCAUGGUAACCAAAAUUCGAAUGCUCCCAGAAAGAUACAAAAUGAGGAGUACUGCUAUCUGGAGACAGUUGAUCAUGGGAAUGAGUCAGACAGUUCGGAUAGUAUGCCAAAAUUCAACAUGACCGAAGACAAAAAGCUUGAACAGGUCGCAAGACCACUGCAAAAUCAAAUAAACGGUUACUGCAACAACAGUUACAGCGUGAAUGGAGAAUACUCGAGUUAUGAUGCUAAUCGAAAUAAUCCACUAAAUUCCGAUGCCCCCAAAAAGGUUCAAAAUGGAGAAUACAACAUUUUAGAGAUAACAACAUCUGAUGGAAAUGAAGCAGAACAUGCGACUAGUAUGCCAAAGUUUAACAUCACCGGAGCCAAGAAGAAAGAACAGGUGGCAAAUUCAGCCCAAGAACAGAAAAACUAUCCCCAACGGACCCGACAUAAUGAUGCUAUCCCAAAUGACGUCGCUCUGCUACUCAUCAACUCAUUAGAAAUUCCGAAAGAAGCGAUGAUUCUAGGAGACAAGGUGGAUGAUGCCACGUUCCCGGAAACAAUCGCUCCAAAACAAUCGAUGAAAAUAUUUGUUACUGAAGUACAUAAUCCCAAUCGACUCUGGUUCCAUAUAGGAGAAAACACCGAAAAGAUUGAUGAUCUGAUGAAUGAAAUUGAGGUGUUUUAUACACAGCUUCACAAGGAAGAGUGGCGUAUCAAAGCGGCCAAUGCUGUUGUUGGGCUUUUUUGUGCGGCCAAGUAUAAUGGGCUAUGGCACAGAGCAAAGAUCGUGGAAGCUUAUUUGCAAACCAAAGUAAAAGUUUUCUAUAUUGACUACGGUACAGUGAGUGAAGUCGAGUUGAAGGACAUCAAGUUCUUGGCAAAAUGUUUCGCGCAGCUUCCCGCCCAAGCUAUGCGUGCCUCUCUGGCGUAUGUGAAGCCAGCUGCCCAUCGUUGGACACGGAAUGCAUCUUUGUCGUUGCUUGCACUGGUUUAUGAGAAACUGUUGUAUGCAUAUAUUGUUGACGUCGACCGGAAGGAUAAUGUAAUCGACGUGGUGCUGAUAGACACGAGUGGAACGCAGGACAUUAUUGUAAACCAGCAAUUGUUUGUGAAAGGGCAUGCGACAUGGGAGGAUGAUAUGCCGUACAAGGAAAAAACCGUAGAAAGUUAUCGCGAUCGCUCGAAAACGUAUUGUGAGUUGUACCCAAGGUUUGAUGAGUUAGAAUGUGGCAUUUACCCUUCGUUUCGUGAAAUUGGAAUAUAUCGUGCCGAAGGCUUCAAUUUUCCUCGUUAUUAUAUGCAAUCGCUACGGGAGGAUUCUGAAUUUCUGCAAUAUAUCCUGACGACAACUUUCACCAUUCCGUCGGGUCCAAUCGUUCCCACUGAUGUGGCAACCGAGGUGGACUCUGAAGAGGAACAAUACCAGUGCUCGCGUGAUAAAAACGAACAAAAUGAAUGCAGCAGCGCACAUGAUGUUGGAGAUACAUCAGUGGAAAGCAGCGAAUUGGGCGAAGCUUCACAGAAUCCAUUUAGGAACCAACAAGAAGAUGUUCCUGGAACCAAAAUAAUGCGAAGAACGGAAAUAUUUUCCGAACUGUGGGACUUGGAUGAUAUGACGACAGAAAUCAAGAACCUAAAUGAAAUAGCAUCCAAUAAUCCAUUCAAUGAUAUCUACGAACAAAAUGUUCUUGAAACUGAAACAAAUGAACGAUUGUUGUAGUUGGAUGUAUAAAUCCCAAAACAAUGGAUGAUAGCAACAAUUGACCAUUUUUGUCUGAACGAAGAGUUACCUAUUCGAAUGUUCAAGGUGUUCAACAGUGUUCCAUUUUUUGAUUUCUGAAACGUUUUAUUUAUAGAUGUAUCAUUAUACAUGUUUAUCUCUUUAAAAUUUACUAGCUAAACAUACAUAACGGUAGUUUGAACGUGUACGAUAUUAUAU